AUGUCGCGUCCAACCGUCACAAUCCACGGCGCCGAUGGGGCUGCUGGCUCCGAGAGCCACCCCCUCCCCAAUGUCUUCAAGGCACCCAUCCGCCCAGACAUUGUCCAGGCUGUGCACACCGGUAUGGCCAAGAACAAGAGGCAGCCAUAUGCCGUGAGCGAGAAGGCGGGACAUCAGACCAGUGCUGAGUCGUGGGGUACUGGCCGCGCUGUCGCCCGUAUCCCCCGUGUCUCUGGUGGAGGUACUCACCGCGCCGGCCAGGCCGCCUUCGGCAACAUGUGCCGCAGCGGUCGCAUGUUCGCCCCCACCAAAGUCUGGCGCAAGUGGCAGCAAAAGGUCAACCUGGGCCAGAAGCGCUUCGCCACCGCCUCCGCCAUCGCCGCCUCCUCGUCCGCCGCCCUCCUCCUCGCCCGCGGCCACCAUGUCAACACCAUCCCCGAGGUCCCGCUCGUCGUCUCCAGCACCGCCUUCGCCGACGGCGCCAUCAAGAAGACCAGCCAAGCCGUCAAGAUCCUCGAAGCCGUGGGCGCCGGCCCAGAAUUGGAGAAGGUGAAGAACAGCCGCAAACUCCGCGCCGGCAAGGGUAAACUCCGCAACCGUCGCCACCAGCAGCGUCGUGGACCCUUGGUCGUCUACGAGCCAGAGAAGGACGGCAAGGACUUCACCAAGGCCUUCCGCAACAUCCCCGGCGUCGAGACCUGCACAGUCUACGCCCUCAACCUCCUCCAGCUCGCACCAGGUGGACACCUCGGCCGCUUCGUGAUCUGGACCUCGUCCGCUUUCCAAGCCCUCGAUACCAUCUACGGCAGCACCACGACCCCAAGCGAACUGAAACGCGACUUCCUCCUGCCAUCCAACGUGAUGGCGCAGCCCGACCUCGCAGCCCUGAUCAACAGCUCCGAGGUGCAGAGUGUGCUUCGUCCCGUCAAGGGCGGCGCCAUCACCAAGCGCAGUGUCGUGCAGAAGAAGAACCCGCUGAAGAAUAAGCAGGUGUUGCUUCGUUUGAACCCUUAUGCGGCGGCUUAUGCGAAGGAGGGGCUUGGGCAUGUUAAGGCCGAGGGGGACAAGCCGGAGAAGGGAGAGGGGUAUACUAAGCUUUUGCACGAGAACUAG